CCCGAACGCUGCAGCCCCCUUUCUCCCCCGCCACGCUUCAGGUCACAGAGAGCGGGGAAGAGAACCCAGGCGUCCUGGCUCCCAGCCCUGCCCCCGCUACAGGACCCAUAGCCCGAGCUAGGUGACCCAGCUGCCGUGGGGGGGCUAUUUAUAGCCUGUUCGGAGGGAGGGGGGCGUCUUGUAUAAGGGCAGCGAGGGGCCCGCGGGGGCCGGGCCAGGCUGCCAUUGGCUGGGGGGCCGGGGGGGGAAGCCGGGCAGCUGGGGCCGUCACUCAGAGGAGCCCGGGGCAUCUGCGGCUCCACCGCUGCUCGGCUCUGUCCUGCGCCCCCAUGGCCCCCCCCAUGGCCUGGCUCCUGGUGGGCUUGCUCUGCGCCCUGCAGCCCCCCGGGGCCCACGGCGACCAUCGCCACGGCGACGUGGAACCCCACCAGCCGGCCCAGGGGCAGCCGCAUCACCACGACGACCCUAGCCCCGGCCACCAUCGCCACGGCGAUGUGGAACCCCACCAGCCGGCCCAGGGGCAGCCACAUCGACCUGACGACCUUGGCCCCAGUGACGGGGAGCCCCGGGGGCACCCACAUCACCACGGCGAGGAGGAGCCGCCCCACGGUCGCCACGGCGACAUGGCGCUCCCCCAGCAGGCCGAGGGGCAGCCGCCUCCCGAGGACCCUGGCCACCACCAUCGCCACGGUGACGUAGAGCCCCAGGGGCAGCCCCAUUUCCACAGUGACGGCCACCAUCACCACGGCGAUAAGGAGGAGCAGCCCCAUGAGGCAGAAGAUGCCCCCAGGCCCCGUCGCCACGCCAACGAGGAAGAAGAUGCCCCAGGGCCCCGUCGUCACGCCGACGAGGAAGAAGAUGCCCCCAGGCACCAUCGCCAUGACGCUGAGGAGGAUGAGGACAAGGCCCGUGGGCGCCCCCAGCCCGAGGAGGAAGACGAGGAUGGCCGUCCCGGGCAGAGCGAGGAGUCGGACGAGUCCGAGGAGGAAGGGGACGAGUCCGAGGAGGAUGGGGACAAGUCCGAGGAGAGGGUCCUGAGAAAGCCCCACAGGGAGGAGGAGAGACGGGGCAGGGCACGCCAGGGGGAGGAAGAUGAUGAGGGGGAGGAAGAUGAAGAGGAGGAGGAGGAAGAGGAUGGCUACCAGCCGGGCUCCGUGUGCCAAUACUGCGCCUUCUGCAAGCACUGCGGGGAAUGUGAGAAGUGCCCGUGCAAGGAGGGCGACACCAGCGAGCACUGCGAGUCCUGCCAGUACUGCCAGUUCUGCUACGUGUGCCCUCUCCUCUGUGAGACAGGCUGCCAGCCAGGGGGCAUCAUGGACCAGCUCUCUGGGGCCUUGGUCCAGUCUGUCUCAUCCAUCUUCGAACAUCAGGAGCAGUGAAAGGCUCGUGGGGAGAAUAAAUUUUUUUGGGGGGUAGGGGAAGAACCUGGCUAACCUCUGACCCUUAGGGGUAAAAGGGGGCCAAGGAGCAGGUGGCCCCCCCAGGCGAGGGGAUACACGAGCCCCACAACUCUCACUGCGCUGCCCCAUCUCACCGCCCCAGUGCCGAGUUACAAGGCCCAGAGGGGAGGGGGUCACCCCCUUUAGGUGGGGGGGGUCCAGCCCCACUCAGAGGGCAACAGGGGGGGAGCCACUGAGCUGCUGCGCCCCCCCCCCCAGCCAGGCAUCAUGCAACUUCCCCCCACUUACCUCCUUUGAUGCCCCCAUCUCAUUCCCCCUGACACUGCCCUGCUCCCCCCAUAAGUGCCCCCCCAGCAUGAGCUGUGGGACCCCCCCAGCGCCCCCCCCAUUGUACAUUUUGGUCUUUGGUGCUUGUUUCCCUGUGAAUAAAACUGGCCCCCUUCCCCCCCA